AGAACGAUUUUGAGGGUGCAAAAGAUGAUGUUUACAAAUUUGUAGCUAACUCGAGUAUGUCUGUAUUAAGUUAGCGUUAUCUUAUGUCAUUUUACUAAACGUUUAAAUAAUUUUGAUAGAAUCCUAUAUUUGGUACGACAUGACUGCAUUCAAAUUAAUUAGUAUUUUUAAACCAGAUUUAUUUAAAGGCAAGGUUGCGAUUGUUACAGGUGGAGGUACGGGUAUAGGAAAGGCAAUCAGCUUUGAACUGUUACAUUUAGGUUGUAAAGUGGUUAUAGCUUCAAGAAAGCAAGACAGGCUUCAGCAAGCUGUGGAAGAGAUAAAGAAUGUUUUGAGACAAAAGGAGCCUGAUAUUAGUAGCAUUGUUUGCAAUAUCCGAAAAGAGGAGGAGGUUCAAAACUUAGUGCAAGAAACUUUAAAGAAGCAUGGCCAAAUAGAUUUUCUAGUAAAUAAUGGUGGAGGUCAGUUUCUAAGUGCAGCAUGUGAUAUUUCAACAAAAGGAUGGGAUGCUGUGAUAGAAACAAAUUUAAAAGGGCCCUUUCUUAUGUCAAAAGAAGUGUAUAAUAAAUGGAUGAAAAAUAAUGGGGGUGUCGUUGUAAAUAUAUUGAUGGAUUUUAAAAGAGGAGUUCCAAUGAUGGCCCAUUCUGGUGCAGCUCGAAGUGGCUUAGAUAAUUUGACUAAAUCAUUAGCUAUUGAAUGGGCAUCUAAUGGUGUAAGAGUCAAUGCGGUGGCACCUGGGUCAUCAAUUUACUCUGAAACAGCUGCAAAGAAUUAUCCAGUUGAUGUAUUUAGUAUUGUGAAAGAAAAUGUCCCACCCCGGCGUUUGGGUACUCCAGAAGAGAUAUCUGCAGCAGUAUGUUUUCUACUAUCACCAGGCGCAUCUUUUAUUUCCGGCGAAACUCUGCAUGUAGAUGGAGGAGGAAGACUUUAUUCACCUCUGAUGUGGAAAAUACCUGGUUAGUUUAUUGGGUUAAAGACU